AUGGAAUCGAGCGGUCGGGAGACUGCGCAGCGUCUGGACCGGCUUUCGUACGCGCACUCUGCUGCCUCGAGUUUUGGUAAAGACGAAUCGGAGCACGUUAUUGGCGACACUUUGUUGCAAAAGAGUGAGGACGAGGAAGGCCCGCAACUUCGAUCCGGUGACGUACCCAAUUUGUACCAGUGGCGUCAUAUCGGUCUACUUGUGCAAUACGCAUCCGUGGGUUUGGUCUACGGUGGACUGCCUCGCACUGUGUACCCGUUUCUGAAUAACUACCUGCACUUAGAUGGGUACCAGACGUUGUCGGCACGCGUGUUGCUAUCACUGCCGUGGUCGUUCAAAGUGGUCAUUGGUAUUGUGUCUGACUGUUUCCCCAUCUUGCGCUCGCGUCGCCGGGCAUACAUGGUCGUAGGGUGGCUGAUGUGCUCGAGCAUGCUGCUAGUUCUUGUUUUCGUACAUCAAGCGCCUCCUUUUUACAUCGACUCAAAGUUACGCGGCACAGACCUAUCAGAUUUGAGUCCUAGUGAGAUGCGUGGUCGAAUUAAUUGGCAAGCACCACACUCGGGCUCCCUCUACAUUGUGCUAAUGAUGCUGGCAAGCUUGGGCUACAUGAUCGCCGAUGUCGCUUCUGACGGUCUUGUUGUGGAAUUUGCGCAGCGGGAACCAGAACAUAUACGUGGCAACAUCCAGUCUACAGUCUACCUUGUGCGCAGUGUCUCAAUGAUUGUGGCAGCUCUUUUGGUUGGCUUUGGCUUGAACAGCGACGACUACGGAGGGUCGUUUACGUGGUCAUUCACGAUGAGUCAGUUGAUGCUGAUCUUUUCUUUACUGAGUUUAAUGGCCAUUCCUGCUGCGCUGUGGCUGGUGCAGGAGCCGUCGCUCGGUGAUCACGUACCGCACUUUGGCCAUUACAUGCACGGCUUAUGGUUGCUGAUUCAAAACUCCGCCAUGCUACAAAUUCUGGCUUACCGAUUUUUCAGCGGAAUUUUUGACGGCUUUGCAAUUACUGCAAGUGAUCCGAUUCAGCGGUACUGGGCCCAAGUGCGCCCACUUAACGAGAGCUUGUUCUCCGUGCUUGGACUUGUUGUAUUCAGUGCAGCGCUGUAUCUUACUAAGCGUAUUGGAUUGGGCUGGAGUUGGCGACGCGUCAUUGCUUGGACAACUGUAUCGGUCAUCAUGUUGGAUGCGAUCGUAGGCAUGCUGACCAUUUGGAAUGUGUGGCGCAGCCAGUGGUUCUGGCUGGGAACACCAAUUUUGGAAGAGCUGCCACAAGCUAUGAAUUUCCUUGUCUCCACAUUUGUUGUAGUGGAGCUGGCCGAGAUUGGCAACGAAGCUGCCGUGUACGGGCUGCUGACUACUGUGAGCAAUCUAUCCAGUCCGUUUUCCUCUUGCAUAUCAAAGAACGUCAACGCGCUGUUUGACGUGAGCGUGACCGACGUCAUUCACGACUCCGCACACGUGCGUUGGCAAGUCACGUGGACGUUCGUGAUCGCCUACAUGAUGAAGCUACUAUCACUCGCGUGGUUGCCAUUGCUUCCUCGUCAAAAACGUGAGACGCAAGCGCUGAAGCAACACGCGCGCCCAUGGUUCUGGGGAGGUGUCGCCAGCAUAUUUGUCUUCGUAUUUGCUCUAGUGUGGUCCGUCACGACAAAUCUACUCUCCGUCUUCUCGAGCACUGCGUGCCUCGUACUUGCUGGUGGAACUGGGUGCAAGUAA